AUGCCGAACUUCUAUCGCGAAAACCGUUUAGUCUUCGACAUAGUAACAUGGAAGUGGAAUAGUGAGAAGUCAACUGAGACACGAGGACGAAAGAGAAGCCAACCCGACUCUGCCGACAUAUCCUCGAAUGGCCUGGACGGUGAGCACGAUGAACCUGAAGACGGCCUGAAGAUAUGGGGUUACAUGCCAGGGCAUGUUCACUAUAAUAUAGGUAACGCUAAUGGCGAGCCAUCGCUCAAGAAGGAGAAUUCAGAAGGUUCCGACAAGUCGGACGCCGUGGGGCGUGUGCUGAGUGCAAUACCUCCUAGAUCUAUCACAGAUGCUAUCGUGAACCAUUUCCUUUCGGUUGUCAACUACCGGUACAGCGCCAUCUACGCCCCCACCUUUACCGACCAGUAUGUGCAAUGGUGGUUCGACCGUGUUAAUGGCCGGAGUCUUUCACCAGAGUUUACCUGUUUGCUACUUAGAGUGCUCUCGUACUCAGUGCAAUACCUCACUCCCGAACUUCGAAAGAUGAUCGAAUUUGAGAUGGCUUGCACCCCCCAGACCAUGACAGACAGCUUCCAUGAGGCCGCUGAACAGCUAAGUAAAAGUUUUUCGGCCUCAAAUACAUGCAUAGAAAGAGUGCAAGAACUCUUUUACAAAGGUGCCUGGCUGAAAUCAGAGUCACGCAUCGUGGAAUCAUGGCACUCGCUCGGAUGUACUAUUCGGGAAGCUCAAGAGCUUGGCCUCGACAAAGAAUCCUCACACGCCGGACUCCCUGAGUUUGAUGCUGAGAUACGUCGCCGAUUAUGGACUUUGCUGUACAUUUGGGAUUGGCAAAUGUCCGCAUGGCUAGGAAGACCGCAUUUGAUCGACCAAAAGGACUUGUCUUUCGAGUUCCCUAACCUACGCCUUGACUCAGUGGGAUCUGAGCCUAACCUUCUCUCGCCGUUUGCUCACAUAGCACUCCAGGCUCAUAUAGCCCGACGGAUAGCACCUCUGAUGGGGGAUGUCCAGGUCAUCAGCGAUCUGUCUCCCGAGCAAGUGUCCAGGGCCCUGCAGGAGAUACGUACAUUCAUCGAUGAGCUUCCUCCAGUAUUUCGCAUAGAAGAUCCCGACCUAAGCCUAGACGAGGCUCACCCAUACUAUGUCUUCCAGCGUUAUCAGCUACACGUCGUUAUCCACAUAGCGAUGCUCGAUCUACUGAAGCCCUACCUUACCGGCGAUCCGAGGAAUCCCAAGACUUCGCACGAUGCAAAGCUACGCAAAGAGGGUGUGGAGAUAGCACUGAAGAUGCUCAACAUCGCGCGAUUGCUCUUCAAUCACGAGUUUCCGAUCAACGCGAAGUUUCACAUGGUCGUUUUCGCCAUCUUCGACACUGCGACAACUCUUUGCUCGGCCAUCAUUCACGAUGUCGACGAAGUAUUGCCCCAUCGUGAAAGAGUCAUGGAUGCGGUAGAGAGCGCACUCGACAUGCUUCAGCAACUCAGCCACACCACAAAGCUAGGCGCAUCGUCUUAUUGGUUCUUAUUCAAGCUCGUGCAGGCCGCGCCGGUGCUAUCGCAAUAUGCCCCGAUCACCAAACGCCAGCGGACAUUGAAGAGGUUAGACUCUAGCAAAUUGGGAUCAGAAGUACGAACCCUGCUGCCAGAGCAACCGCUGCCUACAACUUCCGCGCCUGUGAUGGAACCAGAAGCGAAGCCGGUCGCUCCCGCGUUCGAUCCUGUGCCGGUCCCAGAAGUCGCGACUACAGACGAUCUCUCGUUCGACAUGGAGCAAUUCCUGGCACAAAAUCCUUGGGGGAGCUCGUCUAGCCUAGACAUCGGGGGUAUGGAGGUUGUUUGGGACUGGGAUGAACUCAACCUUGACUUCGGAUUGAUGAACAACGACGCAAACAACAAUAGGCCUCAAUGA